AUGGCUCACACAAAUGAAUCAAUGGUCUCUGAGUUUGUGCUGCUGGGACUCUCUGAUUCUUGGGAACUUCAGAUUUUCUUUUUUGUAAUCUUCUCUAUAGUGUAUGUGGCAUCUGUGCUAGGCAACAUCGUGAUUAUUGUUAUUAUUUCUUCCGACUCCCAUCUAAACUCUCCUAUGUACUUCCUACUCAGUAAUCUUUCUUUCAUUGAUAUCUGUCAGUCUAACUUUGCCACCCCCAAGAUGCUUGCAGACUUUCUUGUUGAGCAUAAGACUAUCUCUUUUGAGGGUUGCAUGGCCCAGAUAUUCCUUCUUCACAGUUUUGUUGGGAGUGAGAUGAUAUUGCUUGUAGCUAUGGCAUAUGACCGAUUUAUAGCCAUAUGUAAGCCCCUGCACUAUAGUACAAUCAUGAACCGGAGAUUAUGUAUAAUUUUUGUAUCAAUUUCCUGGGCUCUGGGUAUUCUUCAUUCUGUGAUCCACUUGGCUUUUACAGUGGAUCUGCCAUUUUGUGGCCCCAAUGAGAUAGAUAGCUUCUUUUGUGACGUUCCCCUGGUGAUAAAGCUGGCUUGCAUGGAUACUUAUGAAAUGGAAAUUGUGACCCUAAGUAACAGUGGCCUUAUAUCAUCGAGCUGUUUUCUGGCUUUAAUUGUUUCCUAUGCCAUCAUUUUGAUCACUGUCAAACGCUGGUCCUCCAGUAGGUCUACCAAGGCACUGUCCACAUUAACUGCCCACAUCACUGUGGUGAUUCUUUUCUUCGGACCAUGCAUUUAUUUCUAUAUAUGGCCCUUUAGCAGACUUUCCGUGGAUAAGUUCAUUUCUGUGUUCUAUACUGUUUGUGCACCGUUGUUGAACCCCAUUGUCUACUCUCUGAGGAAUGAAGAUUUUAAAUCGGCCAUGAGAAAGUUGAGAAACCGUCAUGUGAACUCCUGAAAAAACUAUGGAACCAACAUGAGGGAGGAUAAUCUUGAACGAGAAUGAAAAACCUCCAAUGGAUCACAGCAUUGUGCAGCCAUCUGCGCUAAUGAUAUGAUUUAUUUAGUGAUGGAAUUGCUAUUUUGCCCUAAAUGCAUGGGAAUUGCAUAAAAUUC